AUGACAUCCGAUGCCUUUGUCAGAUUCUGGCGAACUGAUCUAACUCGAGAGUGCUUCCUGUCCUUUGCUGGCCAAGAUGAACUCAAGAACCUGCGAUUCACUUGUCGCGAACUAGGACAAAAUGUCGCCCCCAAGCUCUUUCGGCACCUGACUAUCCAUUUCAGUGCCAACACUUUCUCAAGGCACUCCCGCAUGGUGGCUCUUGAACGCAUGGGACAUCAUGUCAAGAAGCUGGCCUUUGUGAUGCCACAUUCUCACACCACCUUCCUACCCCCAUUGAUGACGCCCGAUACCCUGGAAGAACUCACCUUUAUCUACGAACCACACACAAGCAACUCGAGGCCCGUCUCCGCCUCGUCCACCUCGUCCGGCUCGAAAUACGGCUCCUGGGAAAUCGAUGACCUUUUGAUUAAGCACUAUCCACCCGUCUUUCAUGCGGCCACCAACAUUCCAGCUUUCGUCAGGGCGUUCAGCGCGCUGACAAGCCUGCGAAAGCUCGAAAUUCAGUGUCCAGGCCAGGACCACGGUCAACGGUACAGGCGUGACGCUGUCGACUUCGCUCUGAUCUCAUUGCGUGUUGCAGUCGAACAAGCCAACCCUUGUGCUCUUGACACAUUGGUCCUGAAUCCUAUCCACCCUGGCGCGGCGUUCUCGCUGCGGCCUCAGGCGAGUUAUGGCUCCUCGCCGUCUUCCACUCGCGUCUGGCGACGGAUCAAGACCAUGAAAAUCGGCAUGGAUAGCUUCACCUUCGGUCUCCACCUACCUUCGGACCACCUCAAAAUCCUACAUACCUACCUCCAGGCAUUUCCUGCUAUGGAGCACUUUGAUUUUGAGUGGCUUGGGGACCAAGGUCCGUGCCCAUUGUCGCUGGACGCCGAGCCUUGCACGUCAAGACCAUCUUCUCUAGACAGCGUGAACGCUUGUCCGAAUUCAUGCACGUUGCCAAGUUGCAAACCCAUCCGAUAUCGUCGCCUGCGGACCAUGCAUUUGCGCAAUGCGACGCUUGAUGCGGAACAGGCUGCCACUUUCGUCAAGCUACACCGCAAGGUGCUUCAUGAAUUCAACUUCGACGAAUGUAGUUUACGUUCUGGAACUUGGGAUGAGGCUUUGGCGCCACUUAGUCGCAUUGCAGGCAAUGACAAGGGGAAGAAGCAACGGGAAGAGGUCAUGGAUGUACCUCUGGUUCUCAGUCCCAUCGAGGACAAAGCUGAGGUCGAGUGCGUACUGACAAAACUGUGGGACGAUGAGCACGCAGCCCCUAGCCGAGGGCUGCAGACGCUCAGGAAGUUCGGACAGAGAACCAAAAAGAUGCUACCAGCGCACGUGAAACGGCUCUUACAGACCGCGAGGCUUGGCUUGCAGAUCUGA